UCAGCCCGUGAACAUCUCCUACGAUCAUAGUGCUAGUGAACAAAGAGAGAUACAAGCUUGAGACAACACAAGAGAGCAUCAAUAAAUAUACACGAACGAUAUUCAAUAAUUCGAAUUUUGAAGAUAUUGCGAGCGAAAUCAACUCGGUAAGAUGGAUUCUGAACAUGGAAUAAUCGGCCUUGCCUCGUACAUCGGCGUCGAUGCCUUCACCAACACCGCGUCCGGUCCAUGGGUGAAGGAGCAUGAGGUGCUCAAGAGACUGCAAACGAGUAUCUUCAGAAACUUAGAAAUAAAUCAUAAUGCCACAAAACACCAUCGUUACCUUAAGACAGUGGAAACAAAAGUUCUGACAGAAAUGGCACAUAUUCUUACAGAAGCCCUCACGCAUCCAAAAUAUACUCUAAUCUCAAGUAUGAAUACAAUUUUGAUUGAACUUCUCAGCGAAGAAAUUCUGAGCAGCGAAGAGGAAGAGAUGGUUCGAGUAACCCAGGAACUUCAGUCGGCAGAAAAAUUCGUAGAAGCGGCACAGGCAAUAAUAAGGAUCGUUUCGUCCAUCCCCCAGGAAUGUUAUCCAAACUUGAACAAUGACCUUACCAUUUUCCAAGAGUGUAUGAAAACAUUAAUUGAAGACUGUGAUUACGACGAUGAAAUGAGAGCUUUUAUAUUUACCAGUGGGGACCGCAUGGCAGACAUUCUUGCUUCUGUAGAAAACUUGUUCAGAAACGUUCUGCCGCCGGCCAGCUGGCACGAACCUGUGCCUAAUGUUGACAACCUAAUCGACUUGCUGCCCGCUGGAGUCACGACAAGACGUCUCAAAAAGCGCACCAGCACACACCAGCAUUACGGCGGAGCUAACAAGAAGAUGAGACUUUGAAGACGAUCGAAGAGAGCGAUUUUAUGACAUGAAACCCA